ACGGUGCAAGUAAUUGGUUCUAUUGCAAAUAAAUUUAUAAGCAUAAAACGAAAUGGAAUCGGAUACGCUGGAUAUGGAGGGUGCUGCGGCAGCAUUGAAAAAGUUGUCGCAAAGUGAAAGUGCGGGUGGUAAGGAAACAGAAGCAGCAUUGUCGGAGGGGGCGCCGCCAACAAAGAAACAAAAGACUGUCGAUAAAGAAGAUCGUGAGGUGGUAGACAGGGAGGACGAAGACGAUGCUGACGAUGAUGAUGAUGAGGAGGAUGAUGAUGAGGAGGAGGAUGAUGAUGAUGAUGACGAGGAGGUUCCGCAACUGGUUGCUGCCGUCGAGGGGGGGAGUGAAGAAGAGAGCUGUCUGGAGCGGGUUCAAAGCACUCAAAGCAACCUGCGUACAUUCCGGCGGAUUCCCGUCUUCAUUGUGGACUAUCAUAAUGACGUGCUGGAGUUCAUCUACCGCUGCCUGGGCACGCGACACCUGCCGCUGGAGAACAAUCUCCUGGUGCACUUUGACUCGCAUCCGGAUUUGGUGAUACCGCGGCAUAUAGCCGCCAGCUCCACCUACGACAAGGAGACGAUGCUGAAUGAGCUGAGCAUUGAGAACUGGAUCAUGCCAACGCUGUAUGCAGGCCACUUUAAUCGCAUGGUUUGGCUGAAGAACUCGUGGUGCCAGCAGAUACCUACCGGCAAGCAUGAGUUUAAGAUCGGCCAGAAGGACGAUCGCAUUGGCGUGGACUGUCCGUUGGAUUACUUUAUUGCCGAUGGCAAUUACUGCUCGAGCGACAGCCUCCAGGAGGCACGACAUGUAGAGCUGCAGGUCUACGAUGCAGACAGCGACAGUCUCGACCCUCGGCAGUUCAUCACAGAAAAGGAUGCCAAGGGGUUUGUGCUGGACAUUGACCUGGACUUCUUCAGCACUUCGAAUCCCUUUCUGGAGAUCUACAAAGACGCCGAUUGCUACAAUCAGCUGAAGGAGAUCUUCCAUUUUGUGAGCGUAGAGGCCGUGAAGAAGGCGGCCACGGCCACCAUAUCGGAGUACAUGGCCACGGCGGACAAGCGGCAGACGCAGCUGGAGGCACUCAAGCGGAUCUUUUGGCAUCUGGAGGAGCAGCGCAGCCUGGACGGGCUAGAACUGCCCGACGAGACGGUUAUCAGUCCCGAGGUCUAUGCGAAGAUCGUUCAUUUGACCGAGCAACUGCAGGACAAGUAUCCCGACGAUGAGAUUGACUGGCACUUGAUAUUCGACUCGGGCAGCACCACAGACAACAAUGGCCUCCCCCAUCACAUAAGCAGCAGCCAGGAGCUGGAAGAGUAUUUUGCGAAUUUCAAGCGAUUCCUCGAGCGUCUUCCCGUGCCUCCCGUGGCCAUAACGAUGGCCCAUUCCGCUCAGGAUGAUUACUGUCCCCAGGAUCAGGUGGCCUUCAUCGAGGAGCGAGUGCUGCGCCUGCUCAAGGACGUCUUUGGCGAGAGGCUAAACGAUAAGGCAAUCCUACAAUAUAUGGACGAUCCCUGGGAUGUGAUGAAGCUCUAAGCGCAAAAAAUAUAUAUUUUAAAGGGAUCCGAGGUGGAGAACCCGAACACGCCUGAACACACAAUCUCCAAUCCAAUCGCAUCCAAGACUUAAAAUAAAACCCUUUCAAUGACUCCCAAAACGUUGGGGCUGGGAAAACCCCUCGAAAAUGAUUCCCAGAACUUAUAGUGAGAGCAAAGCAAAAAGAUGGAAAUAUCCAAUUAUAAAUUAUACAAAUAUUUUUUUUUUACUUUAUAAAUAUACGCUACGUAUUUAUUAUACAAACACAGGA